AUGUGUACAAACUGUUUUAAAAAAUUAAUUGAAAAGAAAAAAUCAAUUGAUAUAGAUGUCGAUAUUAUAGAAGAUGAAUUUAUAAAUAAUGAUUACGAGGAAUUAAAUGAUAAUACUUUUAUCCCUAUACAUAAACUUAAAAAAAAUAUAGAGGAUGUGUGCUUUUCUCUGAAAUUGGAAGGUUUGCCAAAGAAAAUGAAGCAUGAAACAAGGAAUAGCUGGAUUAAACAGAAGGUUCUGGAAGUCUUAAAAGCUUUUGAGAAGGUAUGUAUCAAAGCAUUUAAUUUAAAUGAUAGCGUGGAAAAAGAAAAUUUGGAAAAUCUAGACCAAGAUUACCUUAACUUAAGUGCUGAACUCAAAAAGAAAAUUUCUACGGUUGAUUACAAAAAUAAAGUUAAUCUUCUAAGUUUAGCACCAGUGUCUUGGUCCCGUGAAAGGACAGCCAAAGAAUUUAAUAUUUCUGUCAGUACUGUAAAAACAGCAAGACAUGCAAAGAAAAAAUCAAGGAAUCUUACCCUACGCCGAAAAUGA